CCCCGCCCGCGUCAUCUCUGCGCGGUGAUUCACUCCCUCCUUCGCCCCGGGGCCCCCUUCCCGGCCAGACGGCGGGCAAGACAGCUGGGUGUGCAGCGUCCUCGAAACCACGAGCAAGCGAGCAGAUCCUCCGAGGCACCACGGACUCCAGCCCAUGCCAUGGCGGAUUCUGAGCGCCUCUCGGCCCCUGGCUGCUGGGCCGCCUGCACCAACUUCUCGCGCACCCGAAAGGGAAUCCUCCUGUUUGCUGAGAUUAUAUUAUGCCUGGUGAUCCUGAUCUGCUUCAGUGCCUCCACACCAGGCUACUCCUCCUUGUCGGUGGUUGAGAUGAUCCUUGCUGCUAUUUUCUUUGUUGUCUACAUGUGUGACCUGCACACCAAGAUACCAUUCAUCAACUGGCCUUGGAGUGAUUUCUUCCGAACCCUCAUAGCGGCAAUCCUCUACCUGAUCACCUCCAUUGUUGUCCUUGUUGAGAGAGGAAACCACUCCAAAAUCGUCGCAGGGGUACUGGGCCUAAUUGCUACGUGCCUCUUUGGCUAUGAUGCCUAUGUCACCUUCCCCUUUCGGCAGCCAAGACAUACAGCAGCCCCCACUGACCCCGCAGAUGGCCCGGUGUAGGCGAGCUCCCUUCAUUUCUUUCUGCAAUCUGCAAAUAACUCCUCCAUUGAAAUAACUCCUCCCCACCCCAACAACAAUAUUCCCAGCCAACCAACUCCCACUCCCUCAUAGAGGUAAAAGUGCCUUUAUUGGGAGACUUUUGUCUUCCAGCCUGCCAAUCAACCCUCCUGGGUGUGGCCACCAUACGCCUGUGCCUAGGUCCUCCUUCUGCAGGAUCCAAUAGGAGACACCAGUUCUGCCUGAACCAUGCCCCCACCUAAUUCACAAAAUGAGGGAAGGGGGGAGUUAGAUUUCAGAGUCCAGUCCCCAGGUUGGGACUCAUCCAAAUAAUCUCCUCGGUGUGGGCGGCGGUUCUGUAGAGGGAUAAAUGAAUAAUAAACAUUGUUAAAAUAUAUGAUAAUGAAUAAAGUAAUCCUUUCAUCAAA